CCUGUCCUGUCCUGUCCUCGCUCGUUUGUAUCUCUUCUCCUCUCUCCUCUCCUCUAAUUCUCUCUUCAUCUCUCUCCUCUCCCCUUGCUGCUGCUCUCCCGCAACCCCAAUAGUAGAGCAGUAGAGCAGUAGAGCAGUAGAGAAACCAACACCAGCAUAGCAUCCCGAUACCUACCCCUCUUCCUUCUCUCUGUUGUGAUAUACUCCGGCUGUUGUUUUCUUCUGGUGUCGUCCUCUUGCUCUUCUUCUUCCCCUCUCUACUACUACACUUCCUUCACUUUUUCCCUCUCCUCCUUAUCUGCACCCCAAGGUGCUGCAUUCUCGUUCCAUUCUAUUGCCUCUUCGCGGGUUUUGGUUUUGAUCUAUUAGAUUUCUACCUUCUCACUCUCCCAGUCCUGCCUUUGCUGCCGUGCACAAAUCUGGCGGGCUAUUUAACUCGAUAGAUAGCUCAGGCUUCAUACUCUCCACGACCAACCUGCCAACCGCAAAUACCUUUGUUUAACCCCCUCUCUUUACGGCUCAUAUAUCCCCUUCACUACUACUACUACUACGCGUCGAGGUUUGCUCGUCCUUCCUUGACUGAGCUGUUGGCCCGAACCCUGGGACCUGGUGGACCCAAGAAGCCGUACUCGUCCGGCUACCAUGAUUUGAUUGCAAAGAAUCUGAACAAGCUGUAACAAGUCCGUUUAAUGUUGGAGCUUGGUACCCUGGGUGUCAAUACGGCCUUUGGAAGUGUCUCUGCGAGCCCAUUUGCUUUAUCUCGAACGGCGAUGCCCUGCCCGUGUGCGAGCCCCAACGAUACAGCAGACUCUAGUUCUAAAACUCUGUCCCGGAACGCGUCUGUCUCGCCAGUACAGUUCCCCGAACCCUCCUCAUCAUAUAAAUCUUUUCCAGCCAGCUUCGAACACCCUGCAAGUUGCGAUGGGAAGAUGGAUCGUUCAGACCGUGUAGAUCGUCUUCCCUCAAACAGUUCGGUCGGCCAAUUUUCUUUCGCUCCUGCCACCCAAACUACUGUCAUCACAACAACUACAACGACCACUACAAAAUUCCCUCCGCUGGUCAUGAAGACCCCCGGUUCGUCCAGACCUCUUGACCCCAAAAUUUACCCUCUAGCUGCUACCCCGACGCCUGAUUCGAUAAAAGAUAUCCAUUUUGAGCUUGGGGACACUUCAAUCGUCUUUAACGAGUCCGAGGAUUCGUCAGACACUUUCGAAAAGUUGAAACAGCAGGCUGAAGCCCUAAGGGCAUCUGACGGGGUUAUCCGGUCUAUAUCAACUUAUGAGUCCCGAAAAACCGCUCUACCUAGGCGCUCACGUCCCGCAGAAGACCCACGCCAAAGGCUGAGACGACGACCGGUAUCACAGAUUUCUCUACCCGAAUCUUCCCAUGAAAUGAAGCGGACGCGUUCUGCAACCGCUCUUGCAGCAGACUCCAUCACCCGUCGUCGUAACGCGCAGUCACACUUGGACGCUGCUCGACUCAACAAGGACGUUGGUUUGGCCACGCCAGAAACAGAACAUAACAGCUUCAAUAUGGGUAAAGACCAGAGCAACCGUCGACGAAUCUGCAGCUUAGGGUCUUUUGGAAAGUCGUCUUUCGAAUAUUCACCCGGAUCCUUGGCGGAAGAAAACCAAAAGCUUCUCAGCCCGUUGCCGCACUCGCGCAAGGACAAGGCCGCCCAAGUCCAGAGAUCACCAUUAUUUGAGCGUCGAACUGGAUUGAAUACCGAGGAGCUCGUAGGUCAAUCGACAUCCAAUGAUAAUAUUAAUAGUAAUGGGAAGCAGCUGGGUGACGAUGUAGAACACCCUGUGUUAAGACGUAGACGCUGUUCUGCUGCGACUUCGGUCAAGCGGGCGUCUCAAGUACCGACUAGACGCCUAAAGGCCGUUGAUAGUCUUGCUGCCCAAGAUAUGUCCCUUCCCAGCCCAAGUCUUUCCCCGGUCACGGCUAUGAAUGCUCAAAAUCUCGACACGUCUUUCGAUUCUGCUGAAGAGCAGGAGAGUGACACGGAUUCUAGUCUUGACCACUGCUCAAAAAAGCAGAAGGGCUCUACGGACUAUGUUCUUGCUAAAGGCCGCUUUGGGAAAGACGAAGGUAGUAUUGCUGAUUCAUCGUCGCCAGCUUUGUCUUUGAUGGAUAUGCCUUUGAUGUUGGAUUACUUCGAGUCAGUCCCAGAUAAGCUAAAGUCGUAUAUGAUAUACCAGCUGCUGCGAAGAUGUCCAAAACCAACGUUACGCUUUGUGGCUGGCGUCGUCGAUCCAGCUCUCAAAUGCGAUUUCCUAGCUCUUCUCCCGCUUGAGCUCAGUCUCAAUAUCGUCAAGUACUUCGACGUUAAAACUAUGUGCCGGGCUUCGCAGGUUUCGAAGAAAUGGAGGCACAUUAUUAACUCAGAUGAAAAGUCCUGGAAAGAGCUUUUCGAGACGGCUGGGUAUGUUUUACCACGCGGGGAGUUGCAUCGUGCUAUUGAGGAAGGCUGGGGAUGGCAAUGCCCGAACCCAGGAGAUGAGGAAAAGGACCUUCGAUGUUCUACCGCUCUUAAAUCCGAUAGUGAGAACUCGUCUGCGUCUACGUCAUCCUUGGCAUGGUUAUCGUCGCGGAAAACGAGACAGAGCCUAGGCCCUUUGUCAGCCGGUUCCCGACGACCCAAACGAAAAGCGACGACCAGGGUUACGAGUCGAAAGCUUGCGAAAAGGAAAUCUGGAGUAUCCUCUCAAGCUGAGCAUCUAGAGUCUAUUGGCUUGAUGGACGACUUGAUCGCUGCGGAAAGCCCGUACGCUGCUGCGAAUGCAGCUGCAUUGGCAGUUCCGUACCCUGAAGUUGGGCUACCGUCCCUACGAAGCUUGCACCUCUACAAAUCACUCUACCAGCGACAUCAUCUCAUCCAUAAGACAUGGAUGCGAAACGACGUCAAGCCCAUGCAUAUCGCUUUCCGUGCCCACGAUCGUCACGUCGUUACUUGCUUACAAUUUGAUACUGACAAAAUCCUCACUGGAAGCGAUGAUACCAAUAUUAACGUAUACGAUACGAAAACGGGGGCAUUAAGAGCAACCCUUGAAGGUCACGAAGGAGGUGUCUGGGCGCUGGAGUAUCAUGCGAAUACACUUGUUUCGGGAUCUACGGAUAGGUCGGUCCGCGUGUGGGACAUUGCAGCUGCUGAGUGUACCCAGGUUUUCCAAGGACAUACUUCCACUGUGAGAUGUUUGCAAAUCUUGUUGCCUGUUGCAAUUGGAAAAUUACCAGAUGGAACGCCAAACAUGAUGCCAAAACAUCCGUUGAUUAUAACCGGUUCCCGAGAUUCGAGCCUGCGGAUUUGGAGACUUCCCCAACCAGGAGAUCCACGCUAUUUCGAAAGUGGAUCCGACGCUGAAAACCCCUACUUCGUUCGUGCCCUGACCGGCCAUCAACAUUCUGUGCGCGCUAUCGCAGCCCAUGGCGAUACCCUAGUUAGUGGAAGUUACGAUUGCACAGUGAGAGUCUGGAAAAUAUCUACUGGAGAGGCGCUUCAUCGCCUUCAAGGCCAUACCUUGAAAGUUUACAGUGUGGUUCUAGAUCACAAAAGAAACCGCUGCAUUAGUGGAUCCAUGGACAACAUGGUUAAAAUUUGGUCCCUCGAGACAGGUGCGGUUUUGUACAACCUUGAGGGACAUGCAUCCCUCGUUGGGCUGUUGGAUCUUCAUUCAGACAAGUUGGUAUCAGCCGCAGCUGAUUCCACGCUCCGGAUUUGGGAUGCGGAAAACGGACAGUGCCAGAGUGUAUUUAGUGGCCAUACUGGCGCCAUUACCUGCUUCCAACAUGACUACCAGAAAGUAAUCUCUGGUUCUGAUCGGACUUUGAAGAUGUGGGAUGCUCGAAGCGGGCAAUUCCUCAAAGAUCUACUCACUGAUUUGAGUGGAGUUUGGCAAGUUAGGUUUAAUGAUAGGAGAUGCGUUGCUGCUGUCCAGCGAAACAGGUUGACCUAUAUCGAGGUGCUUGACUUUGGUGCAUCUCGUGACCGCAUUCCUGCUGAGCGUCUGGGAACGCGCAUCGUCGUCGAUAGAAAUGGGAAAGAAGUUGUAGAAGAUGAGAGCCUAGCAGAACGCGGAAGCUCAGACAUCUAACGCCUAGACCUGUGUUGUUGCCCAUUUUAGCGGCCCUAACCUUUAUAAAGUUACCUCAAACAAGAUCCUUCUAUCCGCCUAUGACUACCAUCUCGAUUCGUUCUUGUCGAUAUUAUUGUUAUUAUUCUUUCCGGCACGAUCACUAUUCAGGAUCGUUGCUGUCUCUCCUUGGGUCCCCUUUACUCCCCAAGCCAUCAACGACCUUCAGAUACCAAAAUAUUAAAUACCAAAUUUACAACCCGACCACGUACGACUCAACGAAGACAACAAAAUAUUACUUUUCGGGGAAAUCAUUGCUUAUCUUGGGCUUGCCUUGUCGCAUUGCUGCCCCAUAUUCGCCUUCUCUCGGAGGAAAGGUGUAGUAUCACGGCGAGUCAAAGCUCCCAGGGGUCAAGGGCAAGGCAAAAUCCCUAGGAUCAUAUCACUUUCCAUCACGUUAUUUGACCAAUGACCAAUUCCUCUUAUCUUCCACUUUUUUUCUCCUGCAAAAACUAUUCUUCAUUCCGUCGCUUUCAAACAUACUUUUACAUUGUAUUGCGCAUUUGCAUCUUCUUUAUCUUCUUGUUCACUUUUUGCCUGAUUCACGAUGACUAUCAUGUAUAUCUAGUCACAAUGUUUUAGCAUGCCUUCUUGUUGCUUCUUUUCUUUCUUCAGCGAUACCAUACCUCCUAUUACUCUUAUCAUAAAAUAUCUUUGCUUUUCUUCUCCCUUCAUCCUUCUAAUAAACAUCUUCUGUGCAUGUUUUUAUUCUUAUAUUUUCCCCCAUUGUUUUUGUUAUUAUGAAACGUCUUUGUUUGUGUAAUGUGCCCGAAAUCGUCAUGUUUGUGGGAAAGGGGGGUUAUUUUAUUCGAGGCACACACAUGAAAACACUUCUUUCAACGCGAGCGUUUCGCUUUAUUUUGUUCAUUCUCUCAUUUUCAAUCCAGGGUUUUCCAAAGGUUAGGUAGCACUCGAUUUGCAACAGUUAUUUUAUUCCAUUAUUGGAAGGCCUUGUGUGAAUAUUUACUGUACAAAGUAUACGUUUGGGGUAAUAUAAUUUCUAUUUUUUUUGUUCAUUUUAUCAUUUUUCGAGGUAGGUACGCCGUACGGUACGUAGCUUUCUUUGUUUUGUGUAGGAGCUAAGUUCUAUUUAUUUUAUUGAAAUGGAUGUUAAAAAUGUAGUCUUUUAAGGUUCUAUAUAAGUACAGCGUAUCCAAAAAACAGGGAACAGCAUCUCCAAUAGUGGUACAGAUGGUCUUGUGGGGGGGGAAUGUGAAAUAGGGAAAAAAAAAACAAGUCCCAGAACACCAAGUAUAGCCAAACUCGCUAAUAAAAAAAAAUACAACAACCCAUCUACAGACCAUACUCACCAUUCCCAACCCAAUCUAACCAUCUACUAAUCUAGCCCCUCAUCCGCGCUUGUUGGCCCCCGCAAUCCCCGUACCAUCCGCACCUCCACCACCCCUUCCCGCCCCAACCCCAACCCCAAUCCCCAACCCCACCGCGCGCAGAAUCGACCACCGAAUCGGAUCAACUCCAAGACACCCCGCCUCAUCCUUCAUCUUCAUCGAGCAGGCCAAAAUCUCCCCGAGCGCCGGCGCCCCCAGCUCCGGCCGCUCCUCCUGCUCCUCGACCCCUUCAUCCUGCCCUUCCUGCAGCUUCUGCUUCUGCUUACUCGUGCUCCCCACGUUCCGGACAGGUUGCACGCGCUUGCGCACCUUGUCGGCGAAGCGGCAGAGCUCGUCGAUGCGCUCGGGCCGGAGGCCGCGGGCGCCCCGCUUCUGGCCGCCCUUGAUGAGGACGGAGUCGGCUUUGGAGAGGAUGAUUUGGUGCGGGACGGCGUUGGCGCGGAGGAGGGAGAGGAUGGCGGCGUCGGCGGCCUUGAUGCCGUGGUGCGAGUUGAUGAGGAUGUAAGUGCGGCGGAGUCUGUGGGAUGUGGUUUUUUUUUUUUUUUUUUGUUUGGUUAGUGAGGGUUUUUUCCUUUUUUUUUUGUAUAUGUAUAUAAGUAUGGGAUACGCACUGCUUCCUCUUCGUUAGGUACUUAAGAAUCUCCUCCCCCCACUCCUCAUUACUCCCCUUCCCAUAACCGGGCGUAUCAACAAGAACAACCUUGGCCUCCCCGCCCUUCUUCCCCCCAAUCCCAUACGCAUUCAACGUCGUCGUCAGCCCCAACGUCGCCGAUGUAAAACACAUAUUUUUCUCCAUAAUCGCAUUCAGCAACGACGAUUUGCCCGAGUUCGAGCGGCCCAGGAACGCUACCUCGGGCACAUCGGACAUGGGUAUCGUGCGGAAUUCGCUGGCUGUCCACAUCCGGAUGGGCGAGUGGUUGGACGCCCUGAAGACGUCGGCGCUGUGUUGGAGCUGUUGGGGGGUUGGGGCUAAUGUAUCGUAGUAGAAGCAAUAGUCAAAUAAAUCGAGUUGGGCGGGCGGUGUAGAGGCUGCGAGCUUAGUACCGGGUAUUUGUAGCGGUCGUUCCGCGACCCUGAGGAGGCUUUUGACUGUGUUGGUUGCAGAUUUGGCGGCGGCCAUCGUUGCCGUUGUUGUGCACUACCGGUGGGUGCUAUGGAUUUGUCGGGAGGACCAGGAGGUGUUUAUGAAAUUAGAGGAUAGAAUGCUGGGAUAUAUUGGGAAUAAAAGGGUGUACUGUGGCUGUAAUUCUUCAAUUGGACAAUUUUCGGCGCCCGGCGUGGAGCUUUGAAUUUUCAGCUGUCACUCUCAGUAUUCCAGCCUACCAAUUGGCUAACCACCGCCUAUUACGAGUGUAUGGUAAUCCCGCGGAGGUGGGUGUGGUGGCUAAUGAUGAUUCGAUAUUCCCUCAACGCAGCGUAAGAUCAGUGAGAAUUAGCACCUGAUUAAUUAUUAAUAAGAAUUUGCUACC